CACUUGUUGGAAGUCAGAGCAGACAUUAUGCCUUCCAACACACUUCUUCUGUCCUGCUCUCUGAACAGAAUUCGAGCCCAUCAGGCUCUGUUUGUUAGUCUCCUCUGUGGUCAAGUGUCCACUCUUUAAGGCCAAUUUCUCAUUUGAAGUUUAAUUCCUAGAACCUACCAGAGCACCCGAUGUAUGUUCCUUAAUAACUGAACUAUGGAAAUAGGGGUGUGAUCUUUAGUGGGGAUGGCCUGAAAAUAAGAGUCCUGGGAGCUGGAUCUGGGGAUGGUAGCAGCUGACCUUGACUGAGAAGUUAGGACCAACUAGAUCUUGAGCAGCCUUCAGAUGAAAUCCCUGAUUCCUCCCACGUCACAUGGAAGCAAGCCGAGACAGACCGGCUUGGUCAUAUGUUCGGAGCCACUGGUCUAGUACGUGGCAGAGUCAGGAUCAGAGCCUGGAUCCAAAUCUACUCUCUUAAAGUUUUAUUCCUUUCCCAGGCUACUCAGAAAUGAUCACUCCAUUUCUCCUUUCCUCGGUGACUUUAUUUAUUUUUUUUUUUAGUCAAAUUAUUUUUAUUUAUUUUAAUCUUGACAUAAUGCCCUCCAUUUUAAUGGUAAAAUUGAUAUCUAUUUCACUCAACGUGUGUUCACCGAGCCACUGUGUGCCCUAGGCACUAUCAUAAGCCUCUAGGCCCUAGAGAUUCAGCAGUGAACAAAACGAGCCUAGUUCUUGCAGUUAAGCCCACAUUCUGACCAGGGGCACAACAGCAGCAACAAAAAAUGGGAAUGAAGUAUAUAGCAUGUAAGUAGGUAAUAAAUACCAUAAGGAAAAAUAGAAAAACGAGAAAAAAGGGAAGGUGCAUGGUGUGGGGGUAGUGACAGGGAGUCCCUGAAUUGCAGUUUUAGGUAGGGAGGUCAAGGAAAGCAUCACUCAGAAGACAGCAGCUCAGCAGAGGCCUGGGGGAGUUAGGGGAGGGGCCAGUGGCUAGAGAGGAAGGUUGUUCCCAGCAGAGGGAAAAGCACAAAGUCCUGAGGCAGGAACGUGAAUGGCUAGUUCAAGAAAGAUCAAAGAGGCCCAUGUGGCUGGAAGGUAGCCAGCAUGGGGAGGUUUGCUGAGAAGGGGGACAGGUGGGAGGGGAGGAUUUGUUUUAGCAGUUUUCAUUUUGAGAUGCUUAUUAAACAUCCAUAGGGAAAGGUGGAGGAGGCACCUAGCUAGAUGCCAGAAUCAAGAAUGCCAGGCUGAGGACAUCUGGAUUGGCACAUCCAUGCGGAAGUCCUCAGUUCAUAAACCAUUUAAGUCUGUGGCAACCCAGAGAGGGAAGAGAACACGAUGAGUUGCCCUGGAGGAGAUGGUAUCUGGGCUGGAUCCUGAAGAAUUUGCUUCAGAUCAAGAAGCAGAAAUCGGGGACAAGGACACAGCAGGCAAAGAGUGGACUUUGUGCGAGGACACAGGAUGAGGGAAGGUUCAGAGUGCUGGAAGCAGUGUCAGACUGUAGGAUGGCAUGGUGUGGAUGGGGUGGGAAGGGGCCGCUGGUGAGGUUAGAGAGACAGACUGGGGAGCCAGAUUGCUAACAUCUUUAGCCGACAUGCCGAGGAAUUCAGUAUUUGUUCUGCAACCAGAUGGGAGCCAUCCAAGGCUUUUAAACAGGAAUGUCACAUGAUUGGAUACAUUGUUUAAAAAAGUAACUGGCAGUACAGAGAAGGUUAAACUGAAGAAGAGGAGGCUUAACUCAUGUGCAUAGUAACUAUCAACAAGUUUGAAAGUGACAGUCACAGGACAUCAGGUCAAGCACUAUGGAAAGAUUACAGACUAUGUCCGAGAAUCACAAUGAGCUGGCACACUAACAGUACAACCUCACCUUUGUUUCCAAACAUCAGCUCGCCCUGGGUGCAUAGCCCCUCAGAUGCUGGGCUGCCCCCAGGCACAGCCACUCACCUUGGCAGCUACAACAUCUCUCGGGCGGCCGGGAAUUUCUCCUCUGCCAAUGACACCACCAGUGACCCGCUGGGAGGCCACACCAUCUGGCAGGUGGUCUUCAUCGCCUUCUUAACAGGUGUCCUGGCCUUGGUGACCAUCAUCGGCAACAUCCUGGUGAUCGUGGCCUUCAAGGUCAACAAGCAGCUGAAGACGGUCAAUAACUACUUCCUCUUAAGUCUGGCCUGUGCCGAUCUGAUUAUUGGGGUCAUUUCCAUGAACCUGUUUACCACUUACAUCAUCAUGAAUCGGUGGGCUUUAGGAAACUUGGCCUGCGACCUCUGGCUCUCCAUUGACUAUGUGGCCAGCAAUGCCUCGGUCAUGAACCUUCUGGUCAUUAGCUUUGACAGGUACUUCUCCAUCACGCGGCCGCUCACGUACAGAGCCAAACGAACGACAAAACGAGCUGGCGUGAUGAUCGGCCUGGCAUGGGUCAUCUCCUUUGUCCUCUGGGCCCCGGCCAUCCUGUUCUGGCAGUACUUUGUCGGGAAGAGGACGGUGCCACCCGGCGAGUGUUUCAUCCAGUUCCUCAGCGAGCCCACCAUCACGUUCGGGACGGCCAUCGCCGCCUUCUACAUGCCUGUCACCAUCAUGACUAUUUUAUACUGGAGAAUCUAUAAGGAGACCGAGAAACGUACCAAAGAGCUCGCUGGGCUGCAGGCCUCGGGGACAGAUGCAGAGGCCGAGAACUUUGUCCACCCCACGGGCAGCUCUCGGAGCUGCAGCAGCUAUGAGCUGCAGCAGCAGAGCCUGAAACGCUCGACCCGGAGGAAGUACGGGGGCUGCCACUUCUGGUUCGCCACCAAGAGCUGGAAGCCCAGCGCGGAGCAGAUGGACCCCGACCACAGCAGCAGCGACAGCUGGAAUAACAACGACGCAGCCGCCUCCCUGGAGAACUCGGCCUCUUCCGACGAGGAGGACAUCGGCUCUGAGACCCGCGCCAUCUACUCCAUCGUGCUCAAGCUGCCCGGGCACAGCACCAUCCUCAACUCCACCAAGCUACCCUCCUCGGACAACUUGCAGGUGCCCGACCAGGCGCUGGGGGCAGCCGACCCACAGAGGAAAGCCAGCAAGCUGCAGGCCCAGAAGAGCAUGGACGAUGGCGCCGGCUUCCAGAAAAGCUUCUCCAAGCUCCCCAUCCAGCUAGAGUCCACCGUGGACACAGCCAAGGCGUCGGAGGCCAACUCCUCGGUGGGCAAGUCCACGGCCACUCUACCUCUGUCCUUCAAGGAGGCCACUCUGGCCAAGAGGUUUGCUCUGAAGACCCGAAGCCAGAUCACCAAGCGGAAGCGGAUGUCGCUCAUCAAGGAGAAGAAGGCGGCGCAGACGCUCAGUGCCAUCUUGCUGGCCUUCAUCAUCACCUGGACCCCGUACAACAUCAUGGUUCUGGUGAACACCUUUUGUGAUAGCUGCAUACCCAAAACCUAUUGGAAUCUGGGCUACUGGCUGUGCUACAUCAACAGCACCGUGAACCCCGUGUGCUAUGCGCUGUGUAACAAAACAUUCCGAACCACUUUCAAGAUGCUGCUGCUCUGCCAGUGCGACCGGCGGCGGCGGCGGAAGCAGCAGUACCAGCAGAGACAGUCCGUCAUCUUCCACAAGCGCGUGCCCGAGCAGGCCUUGUAGGGGGGGCUCGGCCCAGCGUGGCGGCCAUGCGCACGCAUCCACCCGCAGACCUCCGGGGGGCGCCAGCCGGCAGUAGGGUGAUUGCCGGGGUGAUCAAAAGGGGUUUGUCUUUUUAUCACCCAGAUAUGAAGGAAGCUGCCUGUUUACUGACCCAGUGAAUAAACCCAUUUUAAUAUAGAAAGACACCAAGUCAGCAAAAAAACAAAACAAAACAUAUUCCUAAAUAUAAAGAAAUUUAUUCUGAAAUAGACUUUGGUUUUUUUUCCCUCAAAGAGGGGGGAAAAAUGUUUCAUAGUAAUUCCACACCCAAAUCGGUCUGCUGGGUUCUCUGCAUCCCCGUUAGUGCGGGAAAUCUUAGCUGACCAUCACUAGCUGAGCCCGGGGCCACGUUCCUUCCGAGGAGCCCACGCAGGGCGAUCCAGGUCCCACAGGGAACAUGUCAGGCUAGUGAAUCAGAGGUUCAGAAAUUACUUCAUACGUUGUAAAGCUGAACCUUCUUGUCCCAAUAGAGCUUCCCCGUCUUCUUUGGUGUGUUGUUCAACUCCACUUGUGGACUUGAUUCUUGCAAAGUACUAUUUCGUGCAUUUCCAGUUUCGUACCAAUAAAAAUAUACAAGUAUAUAUAUAUGUGUGUGUGUGUGAGAGAGAGAGAGAGACUUCUGCACACACACACAGUGUAUAUAAUAUACUGGGAAUCACUGAGAUGGCAAAUUAUUCUUGCAAUAUAUGCUUUCAGUACUUUGAUAACUGAAGUUCUCUAGGAUCCUGACACAACAUAAAAGUGAAAUAAACCCAGUGUGAUAUUUUGGAAACCAGGGCUUUUUUUUUUUCCCCCACAAACCAUCCCGGGGAAUGCAGCAGCGCACAUCCAGACUCUUGAGUGUAAGCCGUGUAAGCUGGGUGCUUUGCUGAUCUCGACAGAGCUCCAGCAAACUGGAGCCCCUCUGAGUGAGCCCCACCCACGAACCACGUCCACAGGGUUGAAUCUAAUUGUCCAAAUCUCAAUGUUGCCCAACAAUGUUGCCCAACAAAAUUUCUGCUAUCUCAGCUGCUUGAAACUCAUCAUGUUGCACUUGAAUGUCACACGCAGCAAUAUCUAUGGCAAAGUGCCCCGGUGACACUGUGGGGGCGGGGGGAGAACGUGGUGUUGGAGGUCCUGCUACCUGUCCCCUUCUAGAUGCAAAAGGGCAUCCCCCUGCAUUACCUAGCUGUGGCCAGCGCUCUCCGGGGUUCCUUGCGCAACACUCAGUCACAGUGGGGUUCGGGAAGUCUCCUGUCCUCCGAAGAAAGUAUUAACACUUUUUAAAAAGUAUUUCUUCAAGUUGAUUUCCUUAACCUUUUGAAAAAAAUGAUUCUGUAUCUCCUUUGAAUUGAUCCAAAAGCUCAAUGUUGUACUAGGGGGGUGGGUGGGAGGGGGUGCCACCGUGGCUUGUCAUUUUUGUCACUGUUGUAGUUGUUGGGGUUCCUUC